UCAAAUAUACACAGCAUAGCUUUCUCCUUUCUCAUAAUUUUCCGGCUUUGACUAUUUGCGGCGAAUGCGGUGGCGCCGCCGCAUCAGAGGUGGAGCAAACGCCAAGUGGCUGUGGCAAUAGGUAGGCCCUGCCCUCGGAAAUGACCGGUAGCUGUGGUGCAGUGCAGACAUGAACUGACUGCUUUCCUUCAUGCAAAAAGCUAAGAGGACACCAAUAUCAUCAAUUCUCAUUUACUUCUUCCCCUAACAAAAUUAAUUGUAAUUCCUACUUUGAACUGCCUUUUCAAUGCAUGAUUCAUUGUUGCUCUCUCUCUCUCACACUCUCCAUCUCUCUCUCACACAAAUACAAUCACAUCGAUGUUUCUCGCCAUGAUUAUUUUAUUCGGAAUUCAGGAACCCUAACUCCACUCUGCGGACAAUUAUAAUCAAUUGAUUGUGAGAGUUUCCCCAUCCCGCCAAAACCGUGGUCAAUAUCAUCCAGAAGAAGACGACGACGAAGGAAGAGGAGGAGAAAAGAGUGCAGCAGCGUCUGCCAAAUCCAACUCUCGCGGGGCGGCACGUGGAACGCACGCGAUGAGAUAGAAAGAGAAAGAGUAGCGGAGCGACAGACAGUCGACAGACAGUGGUCGGAGAAGCUCGCUCUCGAAGGGGAAGGCGUCAGAUUGCAAUAAUGAAAAAGUGAUGCUGCAAUCCUGAUUUCAAUCUCCAUUUCCAUUUUUCUCCUCGUUCUUGGGGCUCUCGUUUGCACUUUUUAUUAGCUAAGCUGAGGGGCUCCACCAUUUCUGGCCAUAACUCCGACUUCAAGCUCUGAAUAAUCAACCCGGAGAUGCAUAGCUUCAAACCAUCAUCGGUACCGCAGGCGAUUACGCUCACCAAUUCGAAUCUCUACUGCACCUCUCAAUCGCCGUUCUAUCUCAGAGGUGAAGAAAAUGGUAGGAACGGGACACGGUUUGCGGAUCUAGGGGAGCUUGAGCAGUCAGCUGGCCAUGGCUUCCAUCAUGAUGAUGCUGUUAAUUUAAGCCGAACCUCAAUCUACAACGAACUCAAGGCAAGCAAUGUAUCUGUUGUUUCAAGUAACUUGCAGUUUGGUGGACUCAACAAUAGUUUGGGGUCAACAGAGAUGGUUUCAUCAGGGACAGGGGUGGACUCAUCUGGGGGGCAGUUCAUGUUGCAGAAGGGGGGUGCAAUGGUGGGGGUAGGAAGGGCCGAGGGAGGAGAAGGGGCGUUGGGAAAUGGGCACUUUGAGAACUGGGGCGAUUCAGGAGUGGUGGCAGAUCACAGCCAACAGACUGACACUUCCACAGAUACUGAUGAGAAAAAUCAGUACAUUGGCGUAAAUGAUGAGAGAUUGUUAGAGCAGUGCAAAGGGAAAGUUGGAGACCAGAAGGCACUUCGUCGGCUAGCACAGAAUCGUGAAGCUGCAAGGAAAAGCCGAAUGAGGAAAAAGGCGUAUGUUCAGCAGCUCGAGAAUAGUCGACUAAGGCUUACACAGCUGGAGCAGGAGUUGAAAGUAGCGCGGCAGCAGGGAAUCCUUGCUAGAUCCGGAUUAUCGGCUGAUCAGAGCCAUUCUAUGGGCCGGAACGGAGCUGUGGCAUUCGACAUAGAUUACGCGCGAUGGCUGGAUGAGCACCAGCGACUGAUCGGCGAUUUGAGAUCAGCUGUGAAUUCUCAAGUGGGUGAUAACGAACUGCGACUCCUUGUGGACGAGGUGAUGUCUCAUUACGACGAGAUUUUCAGACUCAAGAGCAUCGGUGCCAAGCUGGACGUGUUCCACAUUCUCUCGGGAAUGUGGAAGACUCCCGCCGAGAGGUGUUUCAUGUGGCUCGGCGGGUUUCGAUGCUCCGAGGUCCUAAAGAUUCUCGGAAACCAAAUCGAGCCUUUAACCGAGCAACAGCUCAUGGGCAUUUGUAAUCUGCAGCAAUCCUCCCAACAGUUCGAAGACGCUCUGUCCCAAGGAAUGGAAGUGUUGCAACAAUCGCUCGUUGACUCACUUUCCUCCAAUUCCCUCCUGCCUCACAACGUGGGAAACGUCGCCGUCUACAUGGGACAGAUGGCCACGGCGAUGAGCAAGCUCGCCUCGCUCGAGAAUUUCAUUCAUCAGGCGGACACGUUGAGGCGGCAGAUUUUACAGCAGCUGCCGAAGAUACUGACCACCCGUCAAGCUGCCCGAGCCCUUCUCGCCAUAAGUGACUAUAAAUCGAGGCUGCGUGCUCUGAGUUCCCUCUGGUUGGCUCGUCCGAAGGAAUGAUCGAUCAAUCGACCAUACAGUCAAAUCUAAUGUAUUCUCUUCUUGUUUGGAAUCCUUAUUCUCUUUGGAAAAAGUUUGUUCAUUUUCAGUGUUUGUCAUUUGGCAUGUUGUAAGUAGUUCUGUCUU